AUGAGGACCAUCAGCAUGAUCUUCACUGUCCUGAUGGGCAUCUCUCUCUGCCUGGCUACUACUGCUGGCAACGUCAUCCAAGGUCUCACAGCCAACUACACUACUGAGGAGCUCCAGUGGGACGUUCCAGUCAGCUCUGGCCGCAAUGACACCGUCACUGGCACGAUCCAGGACGUAGUUCGUCACCUCCAGGCUGUUGCUCCUGAGCGCCUGGCAGCCCUCAACAUAUCGACCGCCGAGCCCAUCGACGUCUCUAGCCUCUUCAAUGUGCCCGCGAUCAAGACUGCCAAGCCAAGCAAAGUCCUAUGUAACAUCUUCGAUGAUGAAGCCAAUGGGAUCACGAUCGCUCAAGGCAUGUAUUACUUGAGAGGCAUUGUCGGUUCCCCCAAGAACGGACCUGGUCCGGGCGCCUGCGGCCAGGUUAGCUGCUCCUACAAUUCGGCCAUCUGGUGGUGCAACGAUAAUCCUUUCACCCUCGUCUUGAAUAGCUAUGGCAUGAUUGCCGAUGGCGUCCAGGAACAAUUCAAGCCCUGCCUCUCCCACGCGGGCUGGGACUUCAGUGGACAGACGUUCUACGAUGACGGUUGGAACGUGAUGUUCCUUUCACUUCCGUUCGUAUGGUUCAUGGGAGGUACUGGAUGA